GACGUCAUAAUACCAAUGACAUCACACUAUAAAUGUCGUCAUAAUUCCUUUUGCAUCAAUCUUGGUUACCGUUUUGUUGUAUAUUCUCUUUUGUUGUUCGUUGUACAAUUAAACAAUGGCAAGUUCAUCGACGAUAGUGCGCAGCAUCCUUGAGGAGGUCAUUUCCAAGGUUUACAGACAUUGUAGUACUGAGUACAGCGUUGCCAAAAAACAGAAAAAUAUGUCCACCGCUUUACUCGGAGCUUCUGAUGAAAAAAUAAUUGCAAAACGUGAUAUCUACCAGGAGCAGACCAUAGAAGCAAAGAAGAUAUUCCGCAGAGUUGCCCGGGAGACGGUCCGGGAUUUGAUUAUUCUAGCUACCAGACAGGCUGCCACAAGCUCAAACAAUGGACAGUUGACUAAAACUGCCCAAUUCCGAUUCGCGUAUGAUGAAGCACAAAAGAAUGCACACAGGGUGCACAGAAAGAGAGUGAAAAUACAAAAGAAUCUGCAGGUUAAAGUCACGAUUGGAUCAGAAAUUGUCCAAUACACACUCAGAUGCCCGGCCAAUCGUGCAAUUGUUGCAGAAGGAAACAUGGCGGCGAUACAGAAAUCUAAUGAAGCCCAAAGGGAAAUAACCGCAAAGGCAAAGUCAUUGUACACAGCUGUAGAGAAAACUGCUAACGAUCCGAUGAUUCAAGCAUCACGUGACUGCAAUAUUCCUGGACCUGCUGUAGUUGAUCUAAAUGAGCCAGCCCCGGUACAAUACAACGACAGCUUAACGACAUCAUCUGCACCAGAUGCAAACAAUGAAAUAGAGGACGAUCCCGAGCCAAAAGGCUGGAGAAGAUUACUGUGUUGUGGCAAACCACUGAAAAAACAGGCGAAAGAAAAGAAGUUGGGAUUGCUGAACAGACUGCGAGGAUUUUUCGUCCGUCGAUAAAUUAUCUGAAAGUUGAAUUUAGUUGAUGCCAAGUUUAUCAGUAGAAGAUUUUUGAAGAAAACCUUUGAUUCAAAAGAUAUAUAUGAAUUUGACAAUCCUCUUGCUAUUACCAUCAUUUUGAAAAGUGUAAGAU